CAACAAAAAUUUCUGAAAAAAAAAUAUUAGGUGGUGGAUUAAAAACUUAUAUUGAUACAAGAUGGACAACAGUUUAUGCAAUGUUAAAAUCUAUUUAUCAAUUAGAAACAUGUUUAAAAGAGAUUGUUAUUGAAAAUCCUUUAGCUAUAACAAAUGAAUCUAUUAAAGCAAUUAUUU